CCUCAUCUCGUCUCGUCAACUAUACACAAUGUCUCUUUUCAUAUCAGCACGUGUCCUUCGACUCUCCAGACCCGUCUCCCUUGCCAGGAGUUAUGCCACCCCUCCCACUCCUUCCACAGCCCCCCUUCCCAAGGAGCAACCGGACGCCUCUUCUCCCCGCUACCUUCAACAGUCUCCAAACGUCCCUACAACCUGGUCCACAAACCAGAAUCCCAAGCCUCAUGCGUACGACAAUGCGCGAUUUGAACAAACUGCUUGGGAAUAUCAACCCAACAGGCCAAGCGCGAUGGGAAUGGUUGCAGAGGACCCUGUGAGGCUCGUUCAAGGAAGGAAGGCUGCUUGUGAUGGUGGUGGUGGUGCUCUUGGUCAUCCCAAAAUUUUUAUCAAUCUUGAUAAGCCCGGGCCCAAGGUUUGCGGCUACUGCGGUAUUCGCUUCGAGCAAGCACAUGACGCGCACCACUAGACUGUAUCAUAUGGGGAUGUUUUGGGACGGAUGCAUGGGCUAUAGCAUAUACAGGGGCUGCCAAAAGUUAUUGACAGCAGUGAUUACUAUGCCUUUCGACAAAAACCCCCAGUUAAUGGCUUAUCAUUCUUUAUGACAAAUCGACAAUCGACAGAACCACUACUUGGCUUUUUUGAGCCAGGGUCGCCAUUUCCGGGUCCUUGGACAUCCUCAAGUUUCGAACAUGUGCCUUGUUGAAUUCGUAUUGGGGUCAAUAACGAUAGUGACUGAGAGGUUGCGGUUGCGGAAAACCGUUGGUUGGAUCCUUGUGGCGAAGUUACACCGUGCCCUCGCUGUGAUUGAGCUUUGCUUCGGAGCAAUUAAGGAGUUCCUAGUUCAGCGGGCACCUUAGUACCAUCUCCUUGCAAGCAGAAAACCAAUAUGGCGCUUCUCGCAGCUUGCAACUAAUUAUGCUCUGAAUCUUUUUGGGACGGAAACCUCGGCGUUAUCGGCGUGUACUUCCAUAUCUACAAAUAACGCAUAUUCACAAGCCAUAUCGUCGACACCGGUAUUCUUGAAACUAGAUAGACUCGGAGCAUCACUGGAUGGUCCGCAUUUUGUGCUUACUACGUGAUCAAGCCGUAGGCCUCCCUAUAAUUAUUAAGCGAAGAUCUUCCAUUUUGCUGUCUUCGUGUAGGUCAGAGCUAGGAAAGACAAUUGAAGCAAAGGAAUGUUGGGAGAUAGGACUUAUCAUUAUUUCAGAGACAGGCUCCCGCACAGGAUUUUCUUUUCUUUCGGAGCCAAACCGUUUUUAUUCAGAGUAGUGUCAUGAUGGGGCUAAUUAUAAUGAAAGAUACGAUAAAUUACACCCAUGACCACAUCUGCGUAUCUCCAAUUUGGACCUCUUCGUCGUCAUACCAUCGAACCCCCAACACAUGGUUCUUCAGCCCCUGUCUAAUAUCGACUUUCGCCUCCCUACCUUCCUCUGCAACCCAAGCCUUCACAAGGUCACUCUGCGGAUCUAACCCCCAUAUUUCUCCUUCUGUCCAUGGGGCACCGGCAUCUUUGACAGCUUUAUCCAGCAUUCUUAACAUAGUAGAUAGAAGAACUGGUGUCACAUUGUGCACAAAGGUGAUGGCAAGCUUGUUGGUUACCCAAGGAUUAAACAAGGAGAUCAUAACGAUGACUUCUUCACGCUUUUUGCCUUUUUUCUGCCUGAGCCUGAACCCAAAGGGGAUUGGUUUCGUACGCCACGCUGGCUGACGGCUGAAUGAACCCCAAACAGGGACCAUGGUAAGCGUCCCUGGAGAAGCAGGAUCCUGGAUGAACGCAGCGUGAUUGCUCGUAUCAGUGUUCUCAAGCUUCUGACGAUGUGAUGCGGAAAGUAUGUCGUAGACUGAAGACUCGAGAUCUUCUUGCCAGAUUGGCUCCCAUUCCUUCUCCAACUUUCCGAGGCUUGUCUCAGCCACUGGUAGCAACUUCCACACCAGUCGAUUAUUCCAUUCCUUUUUCGAUUGAAAUCCUUUCCCAUCGAGGCCCAUCGUACAGUGACCGUAGAAUUCUACCGGUACGUCUGACCAGAGUAUGGCGCCAUUGGCUCGAGGGAUAUAAGGAAUCAGUUCGGAAGGAAUGGCUGGGGGCGGGUCACCCCAUGCCGCACAAGGAAAUAGAGGGAGGACAUCGGAGGAUGAGGAGGGGAAAACGGGUGAAGUGAGAAUGUAAUGUAGAAGACGAAGAAGGUGGGUUGCGUAUCCUUGACCUGGCAUAGCAAGUGAGCUCGGUGUCUUGGGAUGCGUAAAUGUAGGUUACUCACCUCGGUAUUUCAUGGGCGUUACCACCGCAGUGAUAUCAUAAUACCAACCAGCUUUCACAUCUUCCUGACCUUUGCCCUUGACAAAGCAUUUGGAUCGGUGACUGUAACCAACAAUUGAAGUACAUUAGGUAGUGUUCGUUGGUUGUAGCAAAGCCCUAAACUUACGUCUCUAAAGAAGAAUAGAUUUCCCCAUCAUAGUCGUCUCGUCGAACGAUCACCCUAUUUGCCAUGAACGGGUCAGCCAUCUAUCCCCAAUACCCCAUACUUAUCGAUCCACUGCAGAAAAAGCUUACCAGCAUAUGUCUCCAUAAUUCUGGGCCCAUCCGGCUUCAGCUUUCUCUCUCUCCCCAAUGUGGCAGAAUUCCUAUAUUAAGUUUCAUCAGGCGUGAAUUACAGAAGCUGGCAUCCUAAUAUACGGAAGUACUUACCUCAAAAGUCAUUCCUUGUCUCCAAGAAACGACUUCAUAGCAUGCCUCGGCGUGCUUUAUAGCUUGGUCAUCAUUGGCUACGCGAAUUGUAUAAUCUUUUGGGUCCAUUCUAGGCUUAGACAGCUUUGGUGUUUUGAUAGAUGUCAUAAUUUGUUGUCCUUCGAUUACGGUUAAGUUGAUGUUUGUGGGCUCUGAUGAUGGAUAUGGUAUUUGGUUCCCCUAGGGGAUGGGAAGCAUUCUCAU